AUGGCAGAAAAGGGAAAUAGAGAGAAACUCUUUAUUGAGAAAGUUUUGAAGAGAAUCCACCCAGCACCAGAAAGUGACAUUGAAUAUGAUGGUGAUGGAGAUACAGAAAAUAGCCAAGAGAACCCUCCCUUGAAACAUUAUACAGUACUUCCUCCACCCCCAGGCAUCAACCUGACAGAUUUGAUUGUGGAAAAGAAGCACAAGGACAUAGAUCACUCAGACACGGCUUCCUCAAGUUCAGACUCUGAGAAAGAUUCAAUUCAAGCAAGAAAAAGGAGGAGACGGAAGAGACGCGCCCCUCAACCUGACUCUGAUGACAAGAAACAGACAGAGCAGUUGGAUCAGAAAGAGGAAAGACACGAGCCAGCUGAGGUUUUUUCCAAGAACAAAAAGAGAAAAUUGAAAAAGAAACGAAGAAAAGCUACCCUUCAGCAGAAGUCAUAUCCAUCAACAUUUGUCUAUGAACACCAGGAAUAA